AUGAGCCAUACCAUGGAUAUGAUCGAGGUCCAACAUGGCGACAGAUCCGCCAUCCUCGGAAGCUACCUCGACUUUAGUAUGUCUUCCAAAACGCCGAGAGACAAGCGAACUCCACGCAGCAUUUUCUCGGGGUGGUCAUCAUCGUCCAGCGAAAGCAGCGAGAGCCACGAUGGCGAUCACCAUGCUCUGCAUCAGGGACGCGGUCAAGAACAGGAACCGAGGACGCAUCCUGAACCGAACAGCAAAGCCGCAGAAACACCCUAUCAUGAUGGUGACCGACUGCCUCCUUUCAGGCGUCAGUCUCACAACCUGGAACCCGACCCCUUCGCCGCCGAGUUCGCCGCAGCGCCACGCCAUCAUAACCAUGCGAUGUUCUCGAGGUCUGAACGGCGAAAGUUGCAGCGUAUCGAGACCUGGGCGCAAGACGUGGAAGCGCAGACUUUGCGGCGACCCCUCCUAAUCGACAAAGACCAGCCGAUGCCCACAUACAUGGCCUUUGACGCUCGGGACAGGCAGUGGGUGUUCAGGCAGGCAUAUUCAGAUGCUGGCAGCGAGCAGUCGAGCAGUUUCAAUAGCAUGCUUGCCAGAUUCGGAGUGCGGCGAUCGAGGAGUGGUGGCCAGAGAGAGCGGGAGCCUAUUGGAUGGUGGUGGCCUUGGGUGAUUGUGGUGUUGCUGGUUUUGGCUCUGGUUGCUGGUGCUGUGUAUGAGAUCACUCAGCAGCAAUACAGCGAUGGGCCAGAUUUGGCGUGA